UAGCACUGUAUUAUUGGUUAAUGCCUAUUUCCCUCCAUUUUGUGGGCAUAGAGAAAUAAACAAACUGUAGGAUCAGUUUGAUCCCUAUGUAAAUUUGCUAUCAUGGCAUUACCCAGACUCAAUUAUAAUAAUAGCUGGGGAUUUUAACGCACGCAUUGGCAAAUCUGAUGCUUCCCUACAAACAUAUUUUAAGUGGCCAGUGCCCCCUAAAAUUGAUGUAGGCCUCAUAGCAGCCAGACAAUCUAAAGAUCAGAAAUGUAAUAGUGCAGGAUUUCGUCUGGCUCAAUCUGUAUACUUUUCACCCUUUUCUCAUCUUUCCAAAUGUACAAGAAAAAAGUGCAGCUGCCCCCUGGACCUACUCCAUGGCCUAUUCUGGGGAACCUCUUUCAGCAAGAUGUACUACCUCUAAAAAAAUCCUAUAAAAAGCUUACAGAGAAGUAUGGACCUAUAUUUACUAUCUGGAUUGGAUCAAAACCAAUGGUUGCUCUUUGUGGAUAUGAGGUGGUAAAAGAUGCUUUGAUAAAUCAAGCAGAAGAAUUUGGUGGGCGAACUAAUACGCCCUUUCACAGACGAGUGUUCCAAAAUAAAGGAAUAUCUACAAAUGAUGAGAAGAAAUGGAGGGAGCUGCGACGGUUCACACUGUCCACCUUGCGAGAUUUUGGGAUGGGGAAGAAAAGAAUGUCUGAGAGGGUGCAGGAGGAAGCUCUUUGUCUGGUGGAGGAAAUGGCUGCCACAAAAGGGCAGCCUUUUGAUCCAAGAAGAAAUUUGACAAGUGCUGUUUCUAAUGUGAUCUGUGCAGUCGUCUUUGGCAAUCGAUUUGAUUACAAAGAUCAAACCUUCAUAGAGAACCAGCAGAUUGUGGAGUAUCAAAUAAGAUUUCUGACUAGUUUCCUAGGACAGGUGUACAAUACUUUUCCAAAAACAAUGGAAUACUUUUUGGGACGACAUAUCGAGUCUGAGACAGAAAAAGUCUAUGAUUAUAUCCGUGAGAAAGUGGAAUUGCACAAGAAGACAUUGGAUCCCCAGAACCCGCGUGACUAUAUUGAUUGCUUCCUUCAUAGAAUGGAGAAAGAGCAGAACUCAUCUGAGGGAAUCUACACUCUUGAUGAUCUUGUGAUUACUGUGCUUACUCUCUUUACUGCUGGGACAAUAACCACAAGCCAAACUUUGCUACGCAGCCUCCUAACAAUGGCUAAAUUGCCACAUAUUCAAGCUAAGGUGCAACAAGAGAUUGAUGAGGUAGUGGGUACAAAUCGCACUCCAAGCAUGGAAGACCGGUUGAAGAUGCCUUUCACAAAUGCUGUGGUCCAUGAGGUUCAACGUUAUGGGCCUGAGAGCCUUGAAAACUUUCCACAGGCAACAACUUGUGAUGUAAAGUUCCAUGGUUACAACAUUCCCAAAGUGUGGCAAUAAUAAUUACUGAUAAAGAUAUUCUGCAGAGGAAAAAAAAUAGAUGAUUGUUAUCAGGGCUUUUUUGGUCAUAGAACACACUAGAAUGGAUUUCCAGCACCCUUUUUCAACGGAUUUGUGCAUGGUAACAUUAAUAUUAUUAACUUAACUUGAACAAAAUCCUAGUCUUUUAGAUACACUAAAAACUGAAGGGUUUUUUUCAACUACAAAGGUAAACCUUGUAGGGUAGGCAAGGCAGGUUGUAUGACCUGUGUGAGUUCCACCACCUUUUUGUUUUUUACAAAAAAGCACUCACUGUUAUAUAGUCAAAGAUCCUUCAUAUUCAAGGCAGUUUGAAUAAGUAUGAAUUAAUAUGUAUUAUUUAUGGCAUUGUGAAUUGCCUAGAGUCAUUUUGGAUAUGGGAAGUAUACAAAUUUAAUAAAUUAAUUAAUAAAACCAAAUCUCUCUCCCUUCAUUCCAUUUCAGAAUGUUUGCAGAUUGCUCCCUGUUGGCCUGUUUUAUUUGACACAAGUGAGGCUCUUUAUUCUCUGGACGAGGUAGCACCAAUUAAUGUCAUCUGUUUCUUUACCUC